UUCCAUUCCAUUGGACAGUCGCGUUGUCACUCGCACACAAUACGGAAGCGUAGAAGGAAGUAAAAAAAGGCUUGCUGUAGACAUCACAGAAACAAGCAGCCAUGCUUUGACAGAAAUGUUUACAGGAUCAUCGCUAUCCUGAUAAUGAUAAGGUCCAGGAUGUCAUCCAGUGAAGUUGCGAAAUCAAAAGACACCGUUGCCAAAAUUAAGAGGGAGUGUAGCAGUGAUGAGAAUCAACAGGUACCUGAGGUGGAACAGCACUCCCAGAACGUCAACGAUGUGUCCGCCAGUGCAGAUGAAAACACUGUGGCUGCGAAGAACCUUGCACUUCUUAAAGCCUUUUCUUUAGAUGUGAAGUUUGAGGUCGGUGAAGAGUAUGACAUUAUCGAGACCAUCGGCACAGGUGCCUAUGGCGUGGUGUCAUCUGCCAGGAGGCGGGACAAUGGGCAACAGGUGGCUAUAAAGAAGAUCCCGAAUGCGUUUGAAGUUGUGACGAAUGCUAAACGCACACUUCGAGAGCUCAAGAUCCUCAAACACUUUAAACAUGACAACAUUAUUGCAAUCAAGGACAUCCUUCAGCCGGUGGUGCCUACUUCAGCCUUCAAAUCGGUGUAUGUAGUCCUUGACCUAAUGGAGAGUGACCUACACCAGAUCAUCCACUCAAGACAGCCUUUGACCCCUGAGCACACACGCUACUUUCUGUACCAGCUGUUGCGUGGUCUGAAAUACAUCCACUCAGCCAAUGUAAUCCACCGCGACCUGAAGCCUUCAAACCUGCUGGUAAACGAGAACUGUGAGCUGAAGAUAGGGGACUUUGGCAUGGCCCGCGGUCUAAGUGCUGCCCAUGCUGAGGAGUCACGUUCCUUCAUGACAGAGUAUGUGGCCACACGUUGGUACCGCGCACCAGAGCUUCUGCUCUCACUUCAUCACUACAGCCUUGCCAUUGACCUCUGGUCAGUAGGCUGCAUUUUUGCUGAGAUGCUGGGUCGUAAGCAGCUCUUCCCAGGCAAGCACUAUGUACACCAGCUGCAGCUGAUUCUCUCUGUCUUGGGUACACCACCUGAGAGUGUGGUGGGUACUAUUGGAGCUGAAAGAGUGCGCUCUUACAUCCAGAGCUUGCCUUUUAGGGCACCUGUGCCUCUCAGCAAACUGUACCCACAGGCUGAACCUGUUGCAUUGGAUCUUCUGAACGCUAUGCUGCGCUUUGACCCUCGUGAACGGAUUAGUGUGUGCCAGGCACUAGAGCACCCCUACCUUGCCAAAUAUCAUGACCCAGAUGAUGAACCUGUGUGUGUGCCUGCCUUUGAUUUUGAGUUUGACCGACAGCCAAUGGGGCGAGAGCAGAUCAAGGAGGCCAUACUUGCUGAAAUACAGGACUUCCACCAGAAGAAACAAGGCAGCAGGAAGAUCCAUUUCAAACCGCUUCAGAGACUAGGACAAGUUUCUGGGAGCACAGGUAAUCAUAUCUAUCCAAUGGUGCCCAGUACUCAAAACCAGUCAAAUGUGACUCACCCUCAGCAGCAAAAAGUAAGUCACAAUUUGGCCAUAGCACAGAGUUCUGUCACUUUUGUUCCUUCAUUAAAUAAGCAAGCUCUUCCACCAGUUUUUGCCCAUCUUACCAAUUAUAUGACACCAUUCACAAGAAAUUGUCAGGAUGUGGACAUGCCCAGUGCAAAUUCAGAUGGACAGCCAGAGACCAUAGACCUUACCACUCCCACAUCCAGCCAAGGCACACCACCUUGUGAACCAACUGGAGAUUGCACCAAGAGGGAGAACUGUGCUCCUGCAAAUCAAGUUUCUGCUAUACAGUCAGUUCAGAGCCAGGCACUUCACCAGCCACCAGCCUCUACAGCACCUCAAUCCAGUAUCACAAAAUCCAGUGUCUCUCUCUCACUAUCUCAGAUGCAAGCGUAUUCUCUCUCUCAGUCACUUUCUCAUUCACUUGGAAAAGGAGGGAAAGGAACUUCUGGAGAAACCACUAGAAAGGAAGGAGCAAUUUCUGAUGAUACCAAAGCAGCACUCAAAGCAGCUUUACUCAAGUCGGCACUAAGGCAAAAGGCACGAGAUGGAAGUUCUGCAGCCCUGGGUAUAGACCUGGGCAGCGGGACUGGGAGCUCUUCUUGCUUGAUUUCAUCCUCUGGUACAGAACACAGGAGACCUGUUACAGCACAAGAGAGACAGCGGGAAAGAGAAGAGAAAAGAAGGAAAAGACAGGAACGAGCAAUUGAGAGAAAGAAAAAGCUAAGAGAAAAGGAGAAAAAGGAAGGGAAAUCAGGCGAGUCCUUGGGUGGUGUCAUGCUGAGUGACAAUGACAAGAAGUUGCUGGAGCGGUGGGGAAGAAUGAUGGACAAAUCACAGGUCAUUGACAAUAAAACCUCCAAUAAUAUGCCAGGUUCUUGCCAGAUGCAAGCAACUGUGGGAAAAGGCCCGUUGUCUUCAGACACUGUAGAGUCAGUGGCAGACAAACAACCAAGUGAGUUGCAGGCAUUCAAACCACCCCAACAAAUGCCUCAGAUUAAUCAGUGUGUGGCAUCUGGAAUAUUCGAUCCUCAUGCCACCUUCAAUUCCUUGCCAAUCCCCUUAGACUCUGCUCAAAAUGGGGACAUUGGGAUGGUGGCAGUUAGUGGAGAUGGAGGUGUAGGGGGUGGGGCUUUAGCCAUAGUUGGAGGUGGAACACUUGUUGCAGCCCCAUGUACCCUUGCCAAGAGUGAUGCAUUAAAACCCCAACCCACAACCCAAUUCCAGGGGUGUGGGACAGUAUUAACCUCAGUAGGAAACUGGACAGGGAACCCGUCAGGUGGAGGAAUGGCACAGCAGCAGCAAGCACAAAUCCAGCACCAGUCACAGCAAGUCCAGCUGUCUCCUCUACAGCUAAGUCAUGGGAGCUUACCCCAGCAGUCACUUCUGCUCACUCAAACCCAGUCUCUUACACACCCCCAACAAACUCAACCUCUUCCCAGCAUUGAAAUGACCAUCACUAACCCACCUGUCAAACUCUUCUCAUUAGACUCAUUCAUCAAAAAACCUCUGGGUGAUAUUCAGGGCACCAGUACAUCUCUCUCUAACCAGAACACAGUAGUUGCUUCUGAGCCCAUGGAGAAGUUGUGUUCUGAACUUGGCAGGCAGCAAAAUGGUACUCCUUCACAUGAAGCUUCUCAUGAGGUACCUGGACCAUCAGCCCAGACCAGCCUCACAGACACAGGGCUACCAGGAAGCUGCAGAGCACCAGACAUUCAUACAGUCACACUACAGCUGUCCAAGUCACAGGUUGAAGAUAUUUUGCCCCCUGUUUUUUCUGUGACUCCCAAAGGCAGUGGGGCUGGAUAUGGCGUCGGCUUUGAUCUUGACGAUCUCCUCACUCAGUCGCUGUCUGACCUCCAGCACUCAGACCUCAGGGAAAGCCACAACGAUUCUGCACCUCUUUCUGCAUCCUUGCUGUCAGAUUGGCUGGAAGUACACCGCAUGACCCCAGCCGACUUGGAAUCACUUCAGCAGGAGCUUCAGCUUGGAUCUCCCAUGAUUCUUUCUGACAAUUCCAACCUCCCUUAGACUAGAUUUUGGCCUUCAUGCCUCCCCAAUCUCUGUCAUGGCAAUAUGGCUAAUUAAUUUAUUCUACCCAUGAUCAUAUGCUUUACCUCCAAACAAGUGCCAAGUUCACUAAAAACCUGAUUUUGUCUGUGAAGAUAAGUUUAUGUUUAUAGUCGAUUUUUUUUAAAAGACUUCACAAGUUUGGCAUGCUAUAGGUUCUGUAAUACACCUGUUCAUAGUGUAUGUAUUUCAAAGACUUAUUUCCUAUAGGUGUAUACAUUGUCAAGUUUUACUGCUAAGAAUUUUAACCUCUAACACAUUACAUGGCUAAAUUGUUACCUUUCAUGACCAAAACUGGAGGCCUAGUUAGCAUUGUGGUGCUAAUUUGGUGCUAAAACAAAGCAUUACAGUUGAAGAAUAUGAUCUUUAUAUGUUAAUUAAAGAUAUAAACUGGGUCACAGGGCAGUAGGUUGACCUCAAUUUUCUGUUGUGCCACAAUCUUGAUCUUGAAACUAAAAGUCUGGUGCUUUGAAACAGAAAUCGGAAAUGGUUUGAGACUUAAGACUUGCCCAUUGGCAGCUACGACAGAUUGCAGUAAAGUGUUGAAGCGCUAUGAAAGGUUUGUAAUUGUGUUCCUGAAGUGAACAAGGAAGAUCGACUAAAAAAGAUCAACCACUGCCUUGGAUCCAUGCAAACAUGAACAUCACCAAGCACAUUUCAAACUAGUAGAUGUUAGUAAAUAGAUUCAAUAUUAGUGUUCAGAUUUUUCACCAGCAUGACAAGUAACAUGUUUGUUUGCAAUAAAGGAACAAAAAUGAUCAA